AUGGAAUCUGAUAAUAAAAAUAAUCUUGAUAAUGUUACCAAUUCCGAGUUUGAAAAUAAUCUAUCAAGUUCAUCAAGCGAAAAAUUACUCGAUUCUUCUGAAAAUAAACUACAGUCUAAGAAA